GAAUUGAGAAAACUGUAUAAAAAGGAUAUCGGAGUAUAACUCGUGUGAAAUACCUAGUGACUUAAAAAACAAGGAUAAUAUAAAAUGAGUACGAGUACAUUGUGGUUAUUUGUUAUUAUCCUCAUUGUAUAUCUUACACUGGUGCUUAGCGGAGAAGUGUUGCGACCUGAGCAAAGUGGUACACUACAAAGUUUCGGCAGCUCCGACUUAGAAGAUGAGGCGAGAACGAGAAAAUAUCGCCACAAAUUGUGGUACCUUUGGGGCUGGCAUGCUCUAGCUAUUGCCUAUUGGGUCAAAGUAAAGCUUAUUGUUGUGGGUUUCUUUGUUGGCAGCGCAGUAUUCGUCGCUCUACGUUACGUCUGGCCAAAUAAAUGCGCUAGUGGUAUUGUACACGACUCGCCCACUAUUGUAUACGAUCAUCCGCCUCCAUCGUUUGCUCAUGAUCAUGUACCAUAUUCACUCGAUCACUCGCCACAUUUCGAUCACCCAUUCAGUAGUUCAGACUCUGUUGAUCCUUACUCUGCCUACGCUGGUUCGUAUGCUGAAGAUAUAACAGCCACUGCAGAAGUGAUACCGUCAACAGCAGAAGGCACACAUCGAGUUGGACGACGAAGUGCGCAUCAACAAACCGAACAUUUAAUGAAAACUGAGGAAAGAAUUGCAGAAUUUAUGUUCGAGUUUUUGGGCUUGGAUUCGCGCGCGUGUCGUCGACGUUUUAUUUGUGAAAUGGAGUUCCGUUCCCGUUCAAGUCCACUCAGUAGCAUGGCGUUCCGGAUUGUGGGCCGCGGCUUUUUCGAAAAAUACAUGAAUAUACGAAAUGAGCUUGGUCAAGCCCAUUCGUUCGCAGAAUGUGCUGCAGUUAACCCCGAGUGCGUAUUUAUCGAGCAGAAUGUGGAGGAUGAUACUGCAUCUCAAAGUCAAAAUACUGUUGAAUUACAAAGCGACACUGUUAAAGCCGCCAAUGAAAUGGAUAAUAGCUCAACGGAGAUUCAAAAUAGCGCAAAUGAUGUUAUCAUGCAUCUGGAAAAUCAAAAUGAAGCGAACCUGCACGCGGAACGCCGGCACAUAAAACAAAUUCAAAAUAACAAUUGGAAGUAUAACUCCGUGACCGCUCGCCUCCUGAAGCAGGGGCGCUUAAAUUGAACUUAGCCCAUUACGUUUUUAGAAAACUAGACGAUUUAAUUUUAGAUACAAGACGCCAAUGGAGUGUCGAUAUUAAUUUAAAAAAAUUUAGCUAUUAAAGAUUUAUUUAUUUUACGAUUAGAUGUAUUAUUAUUAUGAAGGCGUGUAGCACUGCGACCUGAAAUAUCUAUUGUAUCCCCUUCAUGAAUUCGGGGCAGAACUGCCCUAAUAAAUCUCAGUGUUAGUUCUAUUUUAUUGAGUUUUAUUUCCUCCUCUGGCAAAAUAUGUUUACCCAGGUGUCUGUCCCGUUAGGCGUAAUGCCAGCAUAUGUUUGACGGUUUCAUCUUACUCCUGCAGAGCCUGUUACUUCAAUUGGAGUAUGUUCCAAAGUUAAUAACUUUGUGAUAAUUUAAUCUAUAAGGUCCUGUUAGAAUUCCUGUGAUUAUUCUUAAAUUAUUCCUAUUUAAUUCUAUACAAUCUUUAAAUCAGCUUAGU